AUGAAGGUGCCGGACGGAAUGCUCGGCCAGUGGGUGGAACGCAUUCAAGGCUACUCUGUGCAGUAUGACGCGGUUCGGUGGGCAGCCAAGAACCUGUGCGGCCCCCCGCGUGUCUUUACACUCGAGCACAACUACGGCGACAUUCGCGGCUCGUUUACCCAGCCGUACGGCACGCAGGGCACGCACUGGGUCGAGUUCUUUGUGGCCGAGCCGGUCAUUGUUGCUUCGGUCCACAUCUAUGAGACGUACAAUCCGGGCGCGGUGACCCGGAUUGCUGCGUGGGACUACGGCGCCGAAGAGUGGGUUUCGCUGUGGACUGGGGCCGGGCGCCGGGCGCCGCCGGUCUCGCGCAUCUUUGCACCGCCCCUGGCGAACGUCGACAUGUCGUCGGACCUGUUCCGGCUGGAGAUUGACGUUGACUCGGUGCCGGGCUACAACGAGAUCGACUGCGUGCGGGUCAUCGGCGUCCCGCUCAACGACGAGCUGCGGGCCGAGCUGGAGGCCAAGGCGGCGCGGGCGCGCAAGCUCAAAGCCUUUGAGGCUGCGGUCGACUCGAUGCCGAAGCGGCAGGUGCGAACGGACCUCAAGUCGAAGAAGGGCAAGUUUGCCGCGCUCUCGCUGGCGGUCGACGUCAACGCGGCCAACGCGUGGUUUGCGGCCGGGACCGAGCCGAGCUCGGCAGUCGGCCCAGCCUCGGCCGGCUCGCUGGCGCACCCGUUCGAGAUGCACAUUCGCGCCGGCAUUCUCACGCCCAAGGCUGUUCUCGCCCAGUCGAUCAAGAACUUCCGGGCCUUUGACGCCAACCCGCUUCCGGAGCUUGUCCGCGCCGCCGCCUCGCGCUCGUUGGCCAAGGUCAAGUCUGUGUUGCAGGCCAACCCGGGCAUGCUCUCGCGGCGGCCACCGCCCGAGUCGCUCGACAUGCACACUGUUUACAUCUCAGCGGUCAACGGCUACUCGGCGCAGUACGACACCUCGAACUGGGCGGCGACGAACGUCAUCGGCGCGCCGCGGGUUUACCCUCAGUACGGUGACAUUGCCGGCGCCUGGGCGCAGCCGUACAACUCGCAGAACAUCGAGUGGAUCGACGUGAGUAUCGAGCGCGAGCUAUGGAUCACCUCCAUCGACGUGUACGAGACGUAUAAUCCGGGCGCUAUCACCCACAUCCAGGCCUGGGACAACUCUGCCGAGGCCUGGGUCGACCUCUACGUCGACGAGAACCCACGGGCGGCGCCGGCGGUCUCGCGCAUCUUUACGCCGACGCUCACGCUGCCGCAGUUCCCUUGCUCGCGACUCAAGCUUGUCCUCAACUGCGCGGCUGUCAACGGAUACAACGAGAUUGACGCCAUCCAGGUCCACGGCGGAACGUGUGAGAACUACGUGCCACCUGCGGUGACACCAGCGCGCGACGUGGGCUCGUCGUCGUCGCGUGGCGGGCCAGAGACGCCGGCGUCGUUUCGGGCCUUUGACGUCUGGCAGCGCUCGCCGCUGCUUGUGGCCAUCCGGACUGGCCUCACGCCCAUUGUCUCGUACCUCAUCGCGUACGGCGCCGAUGUGGCGCGCAAGUCGCUGUACGGCUACUCACCGCUGGCGUGGGCCAUCAUGCAGGACACCAAGCAGCCGAUUGUGUACACGCUGCUUGCGCACCCGGCGGUCCACGCGCCGUACAAGUCGGGCAGCGCGGCCGAGUACGCACUCAACGACCACGGCGAGACAGUGCUGCACCUUGCGGUGAAGCACGACGACCCCAAGCUUGUGGCGCUCCUUCUUGCGCUCGAGUCGUUUGAUCCGACGCUUGAGUCGAGCGCUGGGCUGACGCCGCUGGCUAUGGCGACCUCGGGUCGAGUUCGCGCGGUCUUUGCCGAGGCUGGCGGUGCAGCGUCGAGCAGCGCCGAGCUGCCGGCCUCGCUUGCCGAUGCUGCGGCGACCGGCUCGGUCCUCACCGUCAAGCGAGUGUUGGAUCGCGAUGGCGUGGCAGCGGCGGCAGCGACCGACGACCGCGGACGGACGGCACUCUUUCACGCGCUCGACGCGCGUGCGGACGAGGUGACGGCUCUCCUGCUUGCGUCGCGGGUGAGUGUUGACUGCGCCGACCACGCGGGCAACACGCCGUUGAUGCGAGCGGCGGCGUCGGGCUCUGCGGCUGCUGUGGCGAUGCUACUGACGCGGUCAGUGACGCGCGAGGCGGAGUCAGCAACGGCGGUCAAUGCCAACGGCGACACUGUGCUACACUGCGGGGCGCGGUCGGGCUCGGCCGAGGUUGUGGAGCUCUUGCUGGCGUUUGACGGCUUUGGUGCUGCCGCAGGCAUGGCAAACAACCAGGGCCUCACGCCAAUCGGAGUGUGCUCGUCGGGCGAGGCAGCAGCGGUGCUGGAGGCUGCUGGCGCUGGUGGGUCGUGGGACGGGUCCGAGGGCCGGGUGUGCGCGGUGUGCUUCAUGGCACCGCCGCUCGGCUCGGAGGGCAUGGUGUGGCGGUGCGAGUGCAACGCUGAGUUUUGCGAGGAGUGCUUUGUGCACAUGGCCAAGGCGGCGCUGCACGACGGCGAGUUCCCGCAGUGCUGCAAUGCGGCGUGUGAGGCGACGGUUCCGAUGUCUGUCCUCCGCAAGGCACUUCCGGUAUCUGAGCUGCUGCUUGUGGCGGCGGUGAUGGUCAACGAGAGCUACGACACGGACGGGGCGUACCGGACCAACUGUUCGGUCUGCUCGCGGAUCAACGACAUCCGCGACGUGCUAGCGUCGGGCUCGGCGCGGUUCCAGUGCGAUCACUGCGGAGUGUACUGCUGCGCCGUGUGCGAGCAGAUCCAUCCGCGGCGGAGCCCGCCGCGCAACGAGCAGGAUGUGGCGCGCAACGCCAUGGACGACGAGAUCCACGCGGGGUGCGUCGACAAGUUUGGCUCGCUGCAAAAGUUCCUCGAGUUCUAUGCGUUGGUCACCGAGAAGGCCAUGCGCAAGUGCCCAACGUGCGGCGAGGUGGGAAUCAAGGACGACGCAUGCUGCCACCUGCACUGCGUGUGUGGGAACGACUACUGCUAUCUCUGCGCGCGGAACCGCGACCAGCUCCACGGAACGUCGGUCUCGACCCACUCGACGUACGGCUCCGAGUGGCAGACCGACACCGAGUACUGCUGGAUGUACGCGCACCAUUCGGCCAACAUCGAUCCGCGGGUGGCGGCGCUCGGAUGUGGCCAGGCCGGGUGCCGGCCAAGCGGCUCGUGCCCGUCGGAUGCCACCUGCCGCGUCGAGCGCGACCGCUUCGCCAAUGCACUCAUGGCCACCAUCCGAGUUCGCUGCGCCGUCCUUGACUUUAUGCGACGGAUGGGCAAGUCCGACUUUGUGGCCAUGAUCACCCGCUUUGGCUGGCGCGACCUUGUCAACAACCAGUACUUUGACGGCAAGUUUCCGCUCGACACCCUCGCCGAGGACGACGUGCCGGACUGGCUUGAGUACGAGCCCGAAAACGUGCGCGAGUUCUACGGCGCUCGCCUCCACUGGUUCAUCCACGAGAACGACAUUCCCGAGUACGAGCGGGUCCUCACCGCGUGGCGCGAGUCAGGCGGCGCGCCCGUCGGCUGGGCCAUCGGCGGCGAGUCCGCAAACCCCGAGCCUGCCGCUGAUGAUGACGUCGGCACGUCGGCUGCCACUGCCCCUCCCCCGGCUCCGCCGAUGCCUGCCGACCCUGUCAUCAACGAGCCUCCUCUCGACCUUCCUGACCGGUUUGUCUUCAACGCCCCCGACGGCGUCGACGACGGCGACGAUCGCGGACGGCGCCGGCGUGGCUGCGCCAUCAUGUGA